AUGCAACAAAAAUCCUUGUCGCCGCCGGCGGAAACUCCGGCAUACGUGCCUCAAACCCUUGAAUUUCCGUCGACCGACGCCGGUAAUGUAUCUGGUGAUCCCAACGGUUCCUCCCUCUUUGACUGGUCCGAUUUUCUUGAUUUCGACAUGGAUGAUAACUUAAACCUCGCCUUUGACCCACCAGCCAUCAAUGGACCCGAACCAGAAUCCGGACCCGAUGUUGACCCUGUUCAACCCCAAAAUCAACAACCCAGCAAUUCUACCAGGGUGAGGAAGAGGGACCCGAGAUUGAUCUGCUCGAAUUUUUUGGCGGGGCGGGUCCCGUGUGCUUGCCCGGAGUUGGAUGAGAAGCUGGAGCAGGAGGCGAGUGGGGAUCUUCCGGGUAAGAAGAGGGUUCGGCCUGCUAGGAUUCCGGCUGGGGCCACGGCCCGGUGUCAGGUUCCGGAGUGCGAGGCCGAUAUUAGUGAGCUCAAAGGGUACCAUAGGAGGCACCGGAUCUGCUUGCGGUGUGCCAAUGCGAGUACAGUGGUUCUUGAUGGCGAGAGCAAGAGAUAUUGUCAACAAUGUGGAAAGUUUCAUAUUUUGUCAGAUUUUGAUGAGGGCAAACGAAGUUGUAGGAGAAAAUUAGAACACCACAAUAGGAGACGUCGACGAAGACCUAAUGGUUCUAAAGGAAGCAUUGAGAAGGAAUCUCGGCAGGUUGUUUUAGUUGACGAUGUCAGCUGUGAUGAUGACACUGGAAAAGAUAGCAUAUGCUUGAGCAGUGAGAUUGCUGAACCGGAAACUUUGUUGGAGUCAGGACAUGUAUCAACAAUAAGCUCAGGUCUUGGUUCCCAGACUAUCCAGAGUGACAGUUUUUUGUCAUUUGCUGCUUCUGGUGAAACUCGUGUUGAUGGGGAGAAGGAGAAUCCCAAACAGAAAAAUUCUCUAUCCUGUGAGAACAAGAGCACUUUCUCCUCUGCGUGCCGUGCUGGCCGGAUUUCAUUCAAGCUCUAUGAUUGGAAUCCUGCAGAGUUUCCUCGACGACUUCGGCAUCAAAUAUUUGAAUGGUUGGCCGGCAUGCCUGUUGAACUAGAGGGGUAUAUCCGUCCCGGUUGUACAAUAUUGACAGCUUUUAUUGCAAUGCCCAAAUUAAUGUGGCUCAAGGUAUUGGAGGAGCCUGCCAAAUGUAUACGAGAACUUCUUGCCUCUCCUGGAAACAUGUUGUCUGGAAGAAUGCAUGUUUAUCUAGAUGACAAGAUAUUUCGUAUCAUUAAAGAUGAUUUUGUAGAAGAAGUCAAGGUGAAGGAACGAGCUCCAAAGCUUCAUUCUGUUUAUCCAACAUGCUUUGAAGCUGGGAAGCCUAUGCAGUUUGUUGCUUGUGGAACCAAUCUACUUCAACCACAAUUUAGGUUUCUUGUAUCAUUCAGUGGACGGUAUCUGGCGUAUAAUAUUUGUGUAUCGUCUGUGGGCCGUAAGAAAGAAGGGGACAACAACAGUGCUGAUCACGAGUUACUGAAGAUAUACGUCCCUCCAACUGACCUCAAUGUUUUUGGCCCUGCAUUUGUAGAGGUUGAGAAUCAGUCUGGUUUAUCAAAUUUCAUUCCCAUUCUUAUUGGGAACAAGGAAGUUUGUGAAGAAAUGGUGUUGUUGCAACAAAAGUUUAGUGCAUCUCACGGCUCCAAAGAACAACAAUUAUCUUGCCCGAGGCCUGCAUGUGAAAGAUUGGCCUCGAGACAAGCCGAUUUCCCAGGGUUUCUUUUGGAAGUAGCAUGGUCACUCAAAAAACCUGUAUCAGAUCAACAGCUGGCGUCUACUCAAAUGCAAAGAUUCAACUAUUUACUGAAUUUUCUGAUAGAACGGGAAUCUACCAUCAUUCUGGAGAGUGUGUUGGAUUGCAUGAAAUCUGCAAUGGACAAUACUUUGGUGGUUGGCAUUUCUGAUGCUGAUAUGAAGUUAUUUCGCGGAAAUAUGGAUAAUGCGAGACAUGUACUUCAUCGGAAACUAGAGGAAAAAGAAUAUUCGGUAAUGCAUGCUUCGGAUGGAAAAUUUUCCAGUCAAAGCUCCCAGCAUGAUAGUCGAUCUUCUGUUCCGUCUACUAAUCAGGGCUUCGAAAGGACAAAGAAUAAGCUGGAGUCGAGGGUUGUUUUACCUUCUCUAGACGAAAGUGUAACCGUUCCUCUUUUGAAUGGAGAGGUAAUGGGCUUAAACCUUAAGAAAAGGCCGGGUCGCUUAUUUACGAGGACGGUUUUAACCUCUCGUCCGCUCGUCUUUGCAAUUGUUGUUAUUGGUGUUUGUUUUGGAUUAUGUGCAGUAGUUCUCCACCCUCAUAAGGCAGCUCUGGUGAACUCAUCCGUGAUUGAGCUGAAAGUUGCUGGGAAGAUACAUAUAAUCCCAGACGAAAGUGUAACCGUUCCUCUUUUGAAUGGAGAGGUAAUGGGCUUAAACCUUAAGAAAAGGCCGGGUCGCUUAUUUACGAGGACGGUUUUAACCUCUCGUCCGCUCGUCUUUGCAAUUGUUGUUAUUGGUGUUUGUUUUGGAUUAUGUGCAGUAGUUCUCCACCCUCAUAAGGCAGCUCUGGUGAACUCAUCCGUGAUUGAGCUGAAAGUUGCUGGGAAGAUACAUAUAAUCCCAGGUUCAUGA